AUGUCCGGUCGUAUGCAAAGGCGACGGAGGUACAGAAGGAGUGUCGAGCCGAAAGAGGAUGAGGAGAUCGAGUUGCUGCAGGAAGUGUUGAAACGAAGAUUAAAGAACAACAACAGCGAGGCCUCGGCGCAAUCGAAUCGCGCCCUCCUCGAGAGGUUGCUCAUGAAAAACGCUCACAGCGGCUUCGAGGACAGAAGACGCGCCUGGUCGGCAAAUCCUGCCCCGACGCGUCCUGUCGCCAGCAGAAGCGUCGGCGGCACGCCUAUCUGUCUCAGGAGAAGGUUCUCACGGCCGAGGAAGAAGCUCAUCUUCGAGAGAAAUCACCAGAUCCACCCGACUGAAAGCAGCAGUUCACUGCAGAAUGCCUCGGCCUCGGAGCUGGCGUUGAUGGAGGCCGACCGGGAAGCCGAUCUAAAGUACACUCAGCUUAUAAUGGAAGCGGAGCGUAUGUUGCUGAACGCCCAACAGCAACUUGAUGACGAGUCACCGGUGGAGACACCCUCGCCGAGAUUACCACGCGGCCACUGUCGAAAGCAGCGUACGGCUUUGAAUCGCCGAGUCGAGCUCAUCAAGAACGCAGAGCUCAACGCCGAGCUCGCCAUCUCCAAGAGCAGGAACUCCCAGCCGGAGCUUUCGAGCGGCAGCAUCAAAGACUUAUACGAUCACUCGAGUCCGAAAAGGUUACUUCAGCAGCAACAGAAGAAAAUUAUCGAUCCAGUAGUUAGCCAAACGACUGUCCCCAAACAGACCGUGGAUAAUAGUUUAUCGACUUUCCAGUCAAUCGACGUUAAGCCCGCGGCAAUACUCCUGUCGACGGGAUGCACCAAUGAAUCGACCUCGGGAUACUCCUGUCCCCAGAGUGAACCCGUCAAGCGCAAGGUAUACGAAAGUCAGAAUGGAAGCGGACGAAUGCUGCAGCGUCAAGCGGCUCCGUGGCUCCGAAACUCGGACGGCGAUUGCGCAAACGAGCAACAGCAGCAGCAACAGCAUCAGCAGCAUCAGUCGCAACUCCAGUCGUCCUCGGCGACCUCGUCGUACUCCCAGCUGAGGAAACAUAUGCUUAUUGAGACACUUCAGGGUCUAAAGCAGAGUCUGGAGGACCAGUCAGCGGCCUUGAAGAUGAAUUGCCUGCGACCCCUUUAGGAACCAUGGGAUUUCAUCAGAUUUUAACUACCAUCGCUACGAUCACUACUACUACGAUCGCUAUCACUACCAUUACUCCUACCAAUAUCAUU